GUGAGCGGGCUGUGUGAGAGCGGCGGGCACGGCGGGAGUGCGGCUGACCGCAAGGACCCCGUGGCGAUGUGGAAAGCAUCAGCAGGCCACGCUGUGUCCAUCACCCAGGACGACGGGGGAGCUGAUGACUGGGAGACCGACCCGGAUUUUGUGAAUGAUGUGAGUGAGAAGGAACAAAGAUGGGGCGCCAAAACCGUGCAGGGGUCUGGGCACCAGGAGCACAUCAACAUACACAAGCUAAGAGAGAAUGUCUUUCAAGAACAUCAAACUCUCAAGGAGAAGGAGCUUGAAACAGGACCAAAAGCCUCCCAUGGCUAUGGAGGGAAAUUCGGUGUGGAACAAGACAGGAUGGAUAAAUCAGCUGUGGGCCACGAGUAUCAGUCGAAGCUUUCUAAGCACUGCUCUCAAGUCGACUCUGUCCGGGGUUUUGGAGGCAAGUUUGGUGUCCAGAUGGACAGAGUGGACCAGUCUGCAGUAGGCUUUGAGUACCAGGGGAAGACAGAGAAGCAUGCCUCCCAGAAAGACUACUCCAGUGGCUUUGGUGGCAAGUAUGGUGUGCAGGCUGACCGAGUGGACAAGAGUGCUGUGGGCUUCGACUACCAGGGCAAGACAGAGAAGCACGAGUCACAGAAAGAUUAUUCCAAAGGCUUUGGUGGCAAAUAUGGCAUUGACAAGGACAAAGUGGAUAAAAGUGCCGUCGGCUUUGAGUAUCAAGGCAAAACAGAGAAACAUGAGUCCCAGAAAGACUAUGUGAAAGGGUUUGGAGGAAAAUUUGGUGUGCAAACAGACAGACAAGACAAAUGUGCCCUUGGCUGGGAUCACCAAGAGAAAUUACAGCUGCAUGAAUCCCAAAAAGAUUAUAAGACUGGUUUCGGAGGCAAAUUUGGUGUUCAGUCCGAGAGGCAGGACUCCUCCGCUGUGGGGUUUGAUUACAAGGAGAGACUGGCCAAGCACGAGUCCCAGCAAGACUACUCCAAAGGAUUUGGUGGGAAGUAUGGGGUGCAGAAAGAUCGCAUGGAUAAGAAUGCGUCCACCUUUGAAGACGUGGCACAGGUAUCCUCUGCCUACCAGAAGACUGUCCCUGUCGAAGCUGUGACCAGCAAGACCAGCAACAUCAGGGCCAACUUUGAAAACCUCGCUAAAGAGAGAGAACAGGAGGACAGACGGAAGGCGGAAGCGGAGAGAGCACAGCGGAUGGCCAAGGAAAGGCAGGAGCAGGAGGAGGCUCGAAGGAAGCUGGAGGAGCAAACCAGAACCAAAAAGGAAACGCCCCCUGUGUCCCCUACUCCUCAGCUGGCUGAGGAGAAGCAGCCUUCCAGCCCUGUCUAUGAGGACGCAGUCUCCUUGAAGGCAGAUCUGAGCCACGGAGGUCCUGCCGGUGGGAGUGAGCCUGAGCCUGUGUACAGUACCGAGGCCAUAAACUACCCAGAGGCCAGCAGCCAGCAGGGCUUGGCCUACGCUCCAGAAGCUGUCUAUGACACCACAGAGGUCUCGGGCCACUACCAAACAGAAGAGAACACCUAUGAUGAGUACGAGAACGACCUGGGCAUCACGGCCAUCGCGCUCUAUGACUACCAGGCUGCGGGCGAUGAUGAAAUCUCCUUUGACCCUGAUGACAUCAUCAGCAACAUUGAGAUGAUUGAUGACGGCUGGUGGCGCGGUGUGUGUAAGGGCCGGUACGGGCUCUUCCCAGCCAACUACGUGGAACUGCGGCAGUAAGCGGCAGGCCUGCCUUCUGGCGCCUGCACAGAUUCACACUACAGAUCAUGCCUUCGCUGGUUUGGGGUUUUGGGUUUGUAUUUUUUGUUUUUGUUUUCUUUUCUGAGGGUAGGGAGGGGAAUAUACAUAUUGCUUUUAUAUUUAAUACUUUUGCUGAUGCUUUUGAAAAUG